AUGGUGGACCAAGAAAUAUUUAAAUACAGCCCAAGAAGAGGUGCUGCUAGUUUUCUGUCUCUGCCAGGUUCGCCUCUUCAGCAUCCUCGGAUCCGCUUGACAGAUGAUGCUUCAAGUUGUAGCGAUGCUGCUACCUGGCAGAGGAAACGCCUACCUGCUUCUGGAGACCAUGACCAAGAGAAAGAAGCUUUACCUUCUGAAGGAGGUGACAGACCGAGAAUGGAGCCGUAUCCAAUCCCCAAACUCAAAGAGAAACUUGAGGCUGGCGACAUCCUAUUGGGAAAUGAGGAUGAAGAUUCAGAUGAUGACGCUGCUGUCCUCUCAAUCCCUGGUAUGUCACCUGCUGAAAGCGUACUGUCUGAUGAAGAGCUCCUCACGGACCAGAAAAAGGACACCGACAGGAGCGCAAUGACUGAGGUUUGGCAGAGUGACUGGCACAAAAAUCACGUGGCGGCAAUAAGCAGUGAGAAGUUUGACAGCCUCUUGAAAAUGUGCCCUGACUUCCAAGGCUGUAAGAGCCACAUGGCAGCAUUUGUCUUGAUAGAAGAAGUGUUAGACACAACUGGUCGUCCAUGUGAGCAUUACAAGGUGGUGGCGUUGGGAGCGGGUCGUUUAAGCUGCAACAAGUGGCUUUGCUACAAUGGGACGAUGGUACAUGACUGCCACGCCAUCGUCAUCGCCAGGCGCUCUCUUCUGAGGUUUCUGUACAAACAGCUUCUGCUGUUCUUUGAUGUGGAUCCAAAGGCUAAAGAGAACUGUAUUUUCAAGAGCAGCGAAGACAGCCACCAGCUUCAGCUCAAACCCAUGAUCAGCCUGCAUCUCUACACCAAUCAGUGUCCUGAAGGAGCAGCUAAGAACUUCUACUUCAAGGGCUCUGCGAAAGUGUCUAUGAAGCUGCAUUAUCAUGCCAAGAGCCGGCUGGUCCCUGUAGCCUACCUUGACCCAAGUUUCUGGGGUGCCAAAGUGUGCUGCAUGUCUGGUAGUGACAAGUUGUGUAGCUGGACUGUCACUGGGGUUCAGGGUGCAUUACUGAACCACUUCAUCCAGCCACUCUACAUCACCAGCAUGGUGCUAGGGGGUCAGAAGCUCUUAAAUGAGGGAGUGUCUGAUAUCACCAACAAGCGACUGGGUGAUGGAUGGAAACACUUAGUGCCGCCACCCUACAAGAAACACAACAUCUUCUUUCUCUGUGGUGACCAUGUGGGUCCUGUUGUGACCUCCCCGCAGCGUGACAGCCUCAGCGUCAACUGGUGCCUCGGAGACAAGGAUAUUGAAGUUCUGGACAGUACCAGUGGCUUCAUUGUUGAUGGCUCUCCAUCUGUGAGCGGUCCCGGCUUCUCCAGCAGACUUUGCAAGAGAGCCCUCUACAGUUAUUUCUGCAGAGUUGCACAGCUGGGUGGGCACAGCUAUCUGCUGGAUCUUCCCACUUACCACAGCGUCAAGGUGGAAUCUGGCAUCUACCAGACAGUCAAAGAUCUGGUCAAGCAACAGUUUUUGAGAGAAAAUGCGGGUCCCUGGAACUCUAAAAAGCUCGUGGACUGCUUUAGCGCUUGA